ACCCUGGAGUACGAUUCACAUAGACAUUGUGAAAUCCACGUGGUCAAUUCAAUUCCAGUUCGACGUGCAGUUCCAAAAUCAUCACCGUCAUGGGGACGAAUCCGAGACGAACCGAGGCUCCAGCUCUCAGAUUUAGCCAUGCUUCUCAUCUGAAGCUUGCCUGUCUUCUCGGGGUGUUGUACUCACUAUCAGUGAUUCAGGCUCAGGAUGUUCACUCCCGGUGCGGAAACUUGACUCCGUCACCUACUCUGACACCAUUCGUGCAGCCACUGCCUAUACCUGUGGAAAUCGACAUCUCCACAGGGUCUCAGCUGACUUUGGGUGCUUACAAGAUUUCCCAGAGCGUCCAUCCAGACCUUCCGAACACGACAUUCUACGGAUACGGGACGAGUCAAGACACAGCCACAUCUCCGGGCCCGACUCUGAACGCCAGGAGGAAUGUGGCCUCGUUCAUUCGGUUCGAGAAUCACAUCACCGACGCGGAGCACAUUCUGACCGUGGACAAGACGCUGCACAGAGCGACGCCAGCGAACGGAGGCGUGCCGAUGAGCGUGCACCUGCACGGCGCCGACGCCGAGGGCAAGUUCGACGGGCACCCGGAGGCCUGGUUCACGGCGGCCGGCGACAAGGGCCCGACCUUCAUCGCCACGAACAACACGUACCCGAACGAGCAGCCGGCGAGCCUUCUCUGGUACCACGACCACACUCUGGGCUACACUCGGCUCAACGUGGUAUCCGGGCUGGCCGGGCUGUACUUCAUCCGCGGGGGAUCCGGCGAGCCCGGUUCUCUGCCCGAAGGACGGUACGAGAUCCCGCUGGUCAUCCAGGACAAGCAGUUCUACCCCAACGGGUCCAUCAACUUCCCGGACCUCGGGUCGCCGCUGUCGCCCGCGCACCCGCAGUGGUGCCCGGAUUAUUUCGGCGACACGAUUCUGGUGAACGGCAAAGCCUGGCCCUUCCUCGACGUGGUCGGGGCCGUGUACCGCUUCCGCAUUCUGAACGCGGCCAACGCUCGAGCCUUCACUCUCUCGUUCAGCGACAGCCGCCUCCAGUUCGUGCAGAUCGGCACGGACGGCGGCUACAUGUGGGCUCCCCAGCUGCUGCAGAAUCUGACCAUGGCUCCUGCUUACAGAGUCGACGUCCUCGUGGACUUCUCAAGCGUUCCCGUCGGGACGACGGUGUAUCUGAACAAUACUGCUCCGGCCCCGUUUCCUGAUGGGGACCCGAUCAAUAGUCCUCCCAGCACCAGGCACGUCAUGAAAUUCAAUGUCGUUCAGUCCAUACCCGGGUUGCCUGCGCAGAGUGUGGUCAUUCCUACUUCCAUCGGGUCCGCCCCCAGCACCGCCGCCUGGAUAGACUCGGCGGUGUACAGAAAUGUGACCUUGGAUGUGGUUCUGCCGCCGGACCUGACGUUUCUGCUGAAUAAGAAUCACUGGGAUGAUCCUGUCACCGAGACGCCGAAGCUUUACACGACCGAGAUUUGGGAUAUCAUUCACCUCAUUCCGGGCGGCAUUCAUCCGAUCCACAUUCAUCUCAUCAACUUCCUCGUGCUGCAUCAGCAGGCGUUCGAUCUGACUCGGUUUAACGGUGGCCUGUGUUCGCUCCUGCUGUCAUAUCCGGAGUCCCUCAGCUGCUACACUGAGGCCCCGCAGCCUCCGGACGCCACUCAAGUCGGCUGGAAGGACACCGUGGUCGUCUACCCGGGCACGAGACUCAGAAUUCUGAUGAAUUUCGCGCCCAGAGACUGGCCGCAAUUACACGUUCGAUCCCACCACGUUCCCCGGUUACGUAUGGCACUGUCACAACCUGGACCACGAGGACCAUGACAUGAUGAGGCCGCUCCGAAUUCUGCCUGCAGCAUCUUGAGUCCACCUUCCGCCUCCAGCAUCUAGAAAUCGGACCACUUUAGACGUCCAUUCUCUCGACAUCUGCACAUAGCUCACAACCAUGUUCUGCACCGUCGACAAGUUUGAUGGCCUCUAGCUUCAGCCGAAUCCGGAGGAAGAAUCGAAAUGGAUGAGAGCCAGGCGCCAAAAGCACGUAAGAACGCGCUACAUUUCACUUUCCUGAUCA